AUGUUUACUCCUCUUGAACAUGAUUUACCUAAUGUUUAUCAUCGUAAACCUGUCAAAAAAUUCAACCCACCUUUAAACUUACCUAAAGUCAACCUCUCUACUACAAAUACAACAAUUGCCUUCUCUAAUGUUCCUAUUCUUCGACCACGUCCUCGUUUACCAACACUAAUUCCUAAUUAUUUAUCAGAAAUUAAUAUUCCGAAAAUUAAAAUGUUGCCUUUUAUUUUAACCCGUCUUCUGACGAAAUUACAAGUCGUACAAAUCAGUCAAAAAUUUGAUGCACUUAAUUUAAACAUUUCAUACCAACUUUUAAGAGAUUAUGACUAUUGA